CAGUCGCCUCUACGCCCCCCUGCGGCUGCCGCAUCGCCGCCUCCAUCCCCAAGCAAUUCGCCGCCGCCAAACCCUCCGGACAGCUCAACCACACCACCAGUAGCUCAGGCACCUCCCCCGCGCAAUAGGAGGCCGCCGAGGGCACCUACAACUGAUCCACAGGCGCCGCCGCCUUCUGUGAAUCCCAUCAAACCUCCCACCAGCCCCUCCCCAGUCUCUGCAGAUCCUACCAUCCCUACUCCCACUAGCUCCUCGCCUCCGGUCACAACACCAUCUGCACCGGGCUUUGGCCCUCCAUCUACAGCAAAUGAUCCAGUAACCCCACCAACAAUUGGAAUUGAGACCCCGGUUUCAAACAGGCCAUCGAGCUCCUCGGUGCAAGACAACAGCCCCUCGCCGAGCGGCGGUGGGAUGUCUGAUGGUGCAAAGGCGGGGAUUGGCGUAAUCGUGGCUAUUCUUGUGCUGAGUUGUGUAGGAGCUGCGUUUUGGUACAAGAAGAAACGGAGAAAAAUGACGGGUUACCAUGCCGGGUUUGUGAUGCCGUCGCCUUCGCCUUCCGCUUCUCCACAAGUCUUACUAGGACAUUCAGAGAAAACUAAAACUAACUACAGUGUUGGGAGUCAUGAUUUCAAAGAUACAAUGUCGGAGUACAGCAUGGGCAACUGUCGAUUCUUCACUUACGAGGAAAUGCACAACAUCACGAAUGGUUUCUCACCUCAAAACCUACUCGGGGAAGGUGGCUUUGGGUCUGUCUACAAGGGUUGCUUACCCGAAGGAAGAGAGGUUGCCAUUAAGAAAUUGAAAGAUGGUAGUGGGCAGGGGGAGCGCGAGUUCCAGGCUGAGGUUGAGAUCAUCAGUCGUGUCCAUCAUCGCCACCUAGUGUCUCUUGUAGGGUACUGCAUUUCGGGUGACCAGAGGUUACUUGUCUACGACUUUGUGCCCAAUGACACACUGCACUAUCAUCUCCAUGGACGAGGAGUACCGGUUUUGGAAUGGUCGGCUAGGGUUAAAAUUUCUGCUGGAUCAGCUAGAGGGAUAGCAUAUCUUCAUGAAGAUUGUCAUCCACGAAUUAUCCACCGAGAUAUAAAAUCCUCUAAUAUUUUGGUGGAUAAUAACUUUGAGGCACAGGUUGCUGAUUUUGGACUUGCAAGACUAGCCAUGGAUUUUGCCACGCAUGUAACUACACGGGUGAUGGGAACUUUUGGGUACAUGGCUCCAGAAUAUGCAUCGAGUGGCAAGUUGACUGAAAAAUCAGAUGUGUUUUCUUUUGGCGUUGUCCUCUUAGAGCUCAUUACUGGUAGAAAGCCUGUUGAUGCAUCAAAUCCAUUGGGCGAUGAGAGCCUUGUUGAGUGGGCUAGGCCAUUGCUCACACAAGCACUUGAGACUGGCAAUGUAGGGGGGCUAUUGGACCCCAGGCUGGAUACAAAUUUCAACGAAGCCGAAAUGUUCCGUAUGAUUGAAGCUGCAGCAGCUUGCAUUCGACAUUCCGCAUCCAGGAGGCCACGGAUGAGCCAGGUGGUGCGUGCUCUUGAUAGCCUAGCCGACAUCGACCUAAACAACGGUGUCCAGCCUGGCAAGAGCGAGAUGUUCAACGCGCCUAACACCGCCGAGAUCAGGCUAUUCCAGCGAAUGGCGUUUGGCAGCCAGGAUUACACGACAGAUUUCACCCAGUCUAGCAGCUGGAACAGCAGCCAUCAGGGUAGAGAUGCGGAUGCCUCUGGGCCGAGGCAGCCGCAGUCGUAGUGUAAUUAGCUAGGUUAUUGUUGCCACGUCGAGUUGGGUUCAUUCUAUGUUAUUCUUUUGAGUGGAUCAUUCGUUUUGAGUUCUCUUUUUGUCGUCUCUACUGACGAAAGUAUGUAUAUUGUGUGCUAAGACCAGGACUCUACGAAUGCGAUGAACUGAAAACUUACUAA